GGCGCAACGGCUCGCCGGACUCGCCAUCACCGGCAAGCCGCCUUCAGCUUCAGCCGCCGCUCCCUCCUCAUCGGCGCGUCGAGCUCUUCUUCCCCUGCCUCCUCGGACACGACACAACCGCGCGUCGGCGCGCCAAAACCAAAACCACCCAGAUCAGAGCCGUCACGAACGACCCGACGAACGAGGUGUACUCGCUCGCGGCGGUGACGCUGCUAGCUGGGGUGGAGAGGAGGGAGACGAAGAAGCUUGAGAGGAGCGCCACGGCGAUCCGCAGCCGCGUGCGCAUCAGCCCCGCACCGGCUCCCCCGCCGCCGCCGCCGCUGAUGACCCCGUCCUUCACGCCGCCCGGGGCCUCGCCGGCCUGUGACUGGUGACGCAUGACUGCGGGCUAGCGGGAGACGAGGAGAGUCGGAGAAAGGGAGGGAUUCAGGACUCAGGAGUCGCACCGCCGGGUCGUCCUUCCGACUUUGCUCGCUGCCCCGUCUCUUCUCCCCCAAGCAUCGGGUGGCAGUCGCAGGCUCGCACCCGCCGCCGUCAUCGCCACACUCCAGUUUGCCGCCCCUUGGAAGCUGAAGCAUACAUCGGAAGAUGGAAUUAUAUCGUGGUAUGGGUCGAUUUCACCGCACCUUGCUGGAAGCACGCAAGGUGUUUGCAAGAAUGCUUAGCAGCCGCGGUGACGCCCUGGUGGACAUCACCGACCCCGCCAGGAGCCUGUGCAAACUUAUAAUCUCCUGCCAGAAGGCCGCUGCGCUCGAGCAUGAGCUCGAUCACAGCGGCAUCCGCGUCACGCCCGACGUCGCCGAGCGCGUCCUGGAGCGCCUCGACAACGCCGGGAUGCUCGCGUACCGGUUCUUCGAGUGGGCGCGCAGGCAGAAGCGCGGUGGCUGCGCGCACACAGUCCGGUCAUACCACACGGUGGUCUCCUCCCUCGCGAAGAUCCGCCAGUACCAGCUCAUGUGGGACGUCGUGGCUGUCAUGCGCCGGGAGGGCGUGGUCAAUGUUGAGACGUUUGGCAUUAUCAUGAGGAAGUAUGCCCGAUCGCAGAAGGUUGAUGAAGCUGUUUACACCUUCAAUGUCAUGGAGAAGUAUGGCGUGGUCCCGAACCUCGCUGCCUUCAACAGCCUGCUUGGUGCGCUGUGCAAGUCCAAGAAUGUGCGCGAAGCACAGGAGAUCUUUGACAAGAUGAAUAGCCAGUUCAGUCCGGAUGCCAAGACCUAUAGCAUCUUGCUUGAGGGCUGGGGGAGAGCACCUAACCUCCCAAAGAUGCGAGAAGUCUAUAGUGAGAUGAUUGACGCUGGUUGCGAGCCUGACAUUGUCACAUAUGGCAUCAUGGUUGACUCACUCUGCAAGACAGGCCGUGUUGAGGAAGCUGUACGAGUGGUGCAGGAUAUGACCUCCAGGGGAUGCCAACCAACAACUUUCAUAUACAGUGUCUUAGUGCAUACUUAUGGUGUUGAGAUGAGGAUCGAGGAUGCUGUGGCAACAUUUUUGGAUAUGGAGAAGGAUGGAAUUGUGCCAGAUGUUGUUGUCUAUAAUGCACUUGUUACUGCCUUCUGCAAAGCGAAAAAAUUUCAGAAUGCAUUUAGAGUCCUAAAUGAUAUGGAAGGCCAUGGAAUCUCUCCAAACUCAAGGACCUGGAAUAUCAUCCUUAACCAUUUGAUUAGCCUUGAAAGGGAUGACGAAGCAUACAGGGUGUUCCGUCGCAUGAUUAAGUAUUGCCAACCAGACUCUGAUACUUACACCAUGAUGAUAAAAAUGUUUUGUGAGAAUGACAAGGUAGAGAUGGCACUGAAAGUAUGGAAGUAUAUGAGGUUGAAGCAAUUUCUCCCAAGUAUGCACACGUUCUCUGUGCUGAUCAAUGGGUUGUGUGACAAGGGUGAGGUUAGCCAAGCUUGUGUUUUGCUUGAAGAUAUGAUAGAGAAGGGCAUCAGACCUCCUGGUUCAACAUUUGGCAAGCUAAGGCAGCUGCUUUUGAAGGAAGGAAGGAAAGAUGUGCUUGACUUUCUUGUUAAGAAAAUGAAUAUCCUGAUACAGGAACCUUUGUUUGAUUGAUUAUUCAUACCUUAUAAUGGUUCAUAACACAUUGAGAGUUUGUUUCUCGCAUAUGUGGGUGUCGCCAGAAGGAUGAGUGGUCUGUUCAAGGCUUGUUUGGAUAGGAAGGGAUUGCAAUGAGUCCAUUCCAUUUCCCUGUCGGAAGGGAUUGGACAUGUUCCAGCUGCAUCCAAAACAGGAGUUAAGCCUUCGACAUGUUAUUAUUAUUAUCAUUAACCAGAGGUGUGCCAGUCACAAGGUUUGUGCUUAAAGUGCUCAACUGCUGACUGCUAGUCUGCUAUUUAGCAACUUGCCGCGCUAUGGUUGAGAUUUUGUCAUCGUGAAGAAAUGAAUGUGCACCAGUUGAUCCAAAUGAGCUCUUAGGUGCAAAGCAUACCGCAAGAACUUGUCAUCCAGGGGUUCUGAAUUCACAUGCUUCAUGCCAACCUGCAGAAGAACAAAGUUACUGCUCCAUUUUUUUACAAACCUGGAACAUUCAGAGACCAAUUGAGCAAAUGAUCAGUGGAGUACAAAGAACUGCCAAGCCUUGUCCAUGACGAGUUGGAGAGUUUGUUGAACGGCUGAACUCAAGAUGUGGAAAUUGAGACGAAUACGAGGAAAUUCUCAAGCUCAAAUUACAGUACAGGAUUAUAAUUCAGAGAGCUGAUGGUGACAUCAAAAGAACAAGGCUCUAAACAGUAUGCGCGUGUGCUGACAACCAAGAAAGGCGAUUGAAAAAUUUUCAUAUGCAAUUGAACAUCUUCAACGAGUUUUCACUGUUGCUUGUGUUAUCUAUAAUGUCAGAGGUCUCGUCUUUUUGCCUAUGCUUAUGUUUAUAAGUCAAAAUUUUAAUCGUAAAACUUAAAUUUGAAGUUAA